AUGGAGAGAGAGCAAAAAGUUCCAACUAUUUUACUCUUUCCAUGGUUAGCACAAGGCCAUGUGACACCGUAUCUGGUCCUAGCCAAGAAAUUAUCAAAAAGAAACUUCCACAUAUAUUUUCUUUCUACCCCUAUAAUUCUUGAAUCCAUUGAGAAAACCCUAGCCAAACAAUCUUCAACUCUCUCAAUACAAUUAGUGGAAUUUAAUUUACCUUCUUUGCCUGAGCUUCCUCCUCAUUAUCACACAACUAAUGGCCUACCUCCUCAUCUUAACUUUACCCUAAUAAAAAAUUUCCAAAUGGCUUCCUCCAAUUUUUCCACCAUUAUUGACAAUCUAAACCCUAACUUUCUCAUAUAUGAUAGCUUCCAACCAUGGGCUGGAACUAUAGCUUCUUUACGUAAUAUUCCUGCUAUUCAUUUAUUCACUUCUGGCAUAGCUACUUUUUCAAAAUUCUAUCACACUCUCCAUGAGAAUGUUAGGGCCAUGAAUUGUGAAAUGAAGGAAAUAGCUGCCCAAAAUUUAGAUGAAAUAGAUAGGCAGAAAAUUUUAGGAGGGAUAGCCCUAAAAGCCUUUGAACAAUCUAAUGAUAUUGUUUUGGUCAAUAGUUCAAAGGAGAUUGAAGGCAAGUAUAUUGAUAUUCUUUCUCAGUUGUCCAAGAAGGAGAUAAUACCAAUUGGUCCACUUAUACGCGAUACCAUCGAUGAAGAAGAUAAUUCAGAGAUCAUGCAAUGGCUAGACAAGAAAGAUGAAUCUUCGUGUGUUUUCAUUUCUUUUGGAAGUGAAUAUAUCUUGUCAAAUAAAGAUAUCGAAGAAAUAGCUAAAGGGCUUGAGCUAAGUCUAGUGAACUUCAUUUGGGCUAUAAAAUUUCCAACAGGUGUGACUACAACGAUUGAAGAAGUUUUGCCACAAGGGCUUCUUGAAAAAUCAGAGAAAGGAAUUGUUGUAAAGGGAUGGUUACCACAAGCCACAAUUUUAGGACACUUUAGUGUUGGUGGAUUUGUGACUCAUUGUGGGUGGAAUUCUUUAUUAGAAACUAUAAGUUUUGGUGUUCCUAUAAUAGCGAUGCCCAAACAUCUUGAUCAGCCCACAAAUGCAAGAUUGAUAGAGGAACUUGGCCUUGGUGUGGAGAUUUUGAAAGAUGAAAAUGGAGAUAUAAAAAGAGAAGAGGUGGCUAGAGGAAUAAGGAAGGUGGUGGAGAAUAUUGGAGAAAUCAAAAAGACUGUAAGUGAGUUGACCGAUAAGAUUAGAAUAAAUGGAGAGAAAGAGAUAGACGAUUUAGCUAAAAGACUUAUAGCUAUGAUCAAAUAA